AUGGGCGACUGGGCUGCUGGCGGCCGGCAGCUUUUGGCCUCUUGCAUGGGAUGGUCAUCACUGGAAUAUCCCUGGAUGGUUGCAUUCGCCGUUGAUGAUGGUUUGGAUGUCAAUGCACUGGAGACUGCCACUGGGCUUCAAGGGUUCAGUGGCACGCCCUCCCAGAGCUCCGAGCCCGAGGAGAAGAUCCCAGAGGCCUCGGAGCCAGCUGCUGCACCCGGUCAGCUGCGCGAGGAGGCUGUGGCGGACACUCGCAGCGCCCAAGACGCACAUCUGCCUGCCUGGAGUCCGAAGCUGCCUCGAUACGGCAAAGGCCGCAAAGAAAAGUGGGGCGAGGUCGUGAAAGAAGCGGAGCCCUCAGACGAUUGCGUCUCUGCGACUGAGAACAUCAUGGACAAGUUUCAGUUCCUGGCGCGAUUCCAGUUCGACAACUCUGAAGACGCACGUGCCCAUGAUGUAGUCUUGUCCGGGGCAUGGAAGCCUCAGGACAUGAAGAUCAUCAAGGCUGGCUCUUCGACGGUGGCCAAAGCCUGCUACCGGGCAGGGGAUGCCUUGGUCUUUGACCUGCGGCUGCAAGAGGUCAAGCGGACAGCAGGCUACGCCUAUGAGAUGCCGCGUGCUCGGACUGCGGUAGGGCCCAUCCAGCAUCUCCAUCUGCAUGAGGGCCUUUUCCGGAUUACAUCGUGGCCGACGAGCCUGGCCAGACUGGAUUCGAGAGGCCCUGAUCCACCAAGCGAGCAGAUCCAAAACGUGGGCGAAGGUGCCUUCGUCCACUGGCGCGAGCCACUCUCAGAGGGGCCUUUCGGCACCAGCAAGCUGCGCUUCUCCACUCCGGACAACGUAGAUCUGAAGGAGAUCUCGCAGUUGCGGGCCGUGGUUUUCCCACUCUCCCCACGUAUGGGCUUCGUGGAGUUCGUGCACAAGCCCAACAAGCCACAGGAUACCCUCCCAGGGGUCGCGUACCUGUGGCGGGCGAGCCACGUGGCGGCCAUAAGCUGGAUCGCUAGUGGUCAUCACGACGAGUUCAACUUGGACCUUGCUCCUGGAGAGGUCUUUGAGAAGCGUAUGCCCUACGCCUUCGCCGAGUUCUUUGGCAGCUUCGAGGAGACUGGCGCUGUCCUCUACCCACCGCCACAAUGCUACAAGUACUACGAGAACAAGGCUUCAGGGGUCGCUCUCACAAAGCUCUUCCAGGAUGCCAAUGUGCAGAUGCCUUUGACUUGGGUGUUCCGCGACCUGUCGGACGCAAUGGCUCGAAAAGAGGAAGUGCAGCUGCCGGUGGUGAUCAAGGCAGACCUCCUCCUCCCCCCACUGGAUGUCAUGCAGUCCCGCGAGCUUUCCUCCUGCCGGAGGCUGCAGGCGGAGACGCCGUCCGAGCUGAUGCAGGCCAAGCCCGGAGUGGAGGCCCUGGUGCAAAAGAAGGUCCAGGCGCUCCGCGAGGCCCGCGUCACCUACGUGGAUGGCCGCCCUUUUCAUGGCUACUGGCGCAUCCGGCAAAGCCUGAAAAGCGCAUCAGCAGCUUCCACGCGAGGGGGCUACCAGGACUUCAAUUUCCCCCUCUCGAAGUUGGCACCCUUCGUGGCGAGCUUCGCCAACAAGACCGGGAUCCCAGUCGGAGGCGUGGACCUCAUCUGGCAGGAGAAAGAUCCCGACCUGCACAAGGUCUCGCCGACAAGCGACAUCAACCCGCCCAGCCCGCCGGACUGGAAUGAGGGCUACGCGGAGUUCAAGCACACCAAGGGCUUCCGCAAUGCCUACAUCGGCAUCCGCCAGAGGCGAGGCUUGGAAGGCAUGCCGGCCCUGUGGCAUGGCAAUGGCGCAGACGAGGUCGCCUUGGCGCCGCUAGCUGUAUCUGCGCUUCAACAGCUGCGGAGGAGCUUCUUCAUUCGCAUCCUUGCGGUGCCUGAAGACCUAGCCCAGGAUGUGACGCUGCUGAGAAGUACCGAGCAGAGGAGCCACUAUGUUGGCAAAGAAGCUUUACUUCUCGACAUCUUGGAUGUCAAGGGUGCCAGUGCCCUCCAGGAACGUGGCGUGCGAGUCAUAAACUUGCUGGAGCACGGCUGGGAUCAGGAAGUCGUUACAGCUGCCGUCGCUGUCAUCAUCGUCGAAGCCGACGAGCCGGCGUAUGGUUCACUUUACAAGCACAUCUCCUGUUUGUCCAUGAUGAUGUUUCUCCCACAGGGUUCCUCGGCAACUCAUGCCUGCGGAACCUGCAACCCAUUGGCGCCGCACGGUCCCGCAGGCAUCCCCAGAGACCUUCCUGCAGCGAGAUUGGCAUCGGCUGGGCGACAUCCAUUGUUGGAAAGGGCUGCCGCAGGUGUCGGUUUCGCUCUGAUGACCGUCCUUUGCGGCAAAAGCACAAAGCCAAGACCGGCGGUGCGUCGGUUCGCUUGCGCUGGCACGAAUCUGGAUGCACUGGGAGCCCUGCACCCCGUCCUGGCCGCAUCGGUCAAGAGGUCUUUAGAGGACAUGCCGGAUGCUGACUUGCUGUUCAUCGGACCGAAAGAGGAGAUCGGAGGAGUGAAGGGAACUGUAGGGAAUGAUCUGAGAAGUUUGCGGCAGUGCGAGCCGGACAGCUACGACUUCAUCGUCGAGGCCAGGUCUGAAGAAGUCCUCGCAGGCGGAUGGGAAGCGCGGCAAAACCGCUUUUAUCCUCUUGGCGGACAUGAGUUCAGUCUAUCUAAUGAUUUUAUCAUCAAUUUGGCCUCGAUCGCGAAGGUGCUCCGCAAAGGUGGGAAGUUUUGGUUUCUCACGUGUGCGUCCGGCCAAGACGAAGUCUUGCCAUUCUCAUUUUUGGCCCUGCCACAUUUGGACUGGCAGGCUGAGGUGUUUCCGGACACUGCAAGUGGAGUGUCUGCUGUGUGCUGUACUCUGAACAGUGACGCUUCUGAAGACACCCUUCGCAAAACUCCAGUCGUUGUUGCUCAAGAGUGCCUCAAAGAGAUGUCCAGGAGACGAUACUUUGACGCCUUGAGGCCGUACCUUCAGAGCAGGGAUGGCGUGCCGCUACGUUUGCUGGAUUUUGGCUGCGGCGACGGAUCGUUGAUGUCCUGGGCAUUUGACCCGCAAGUUCUGUCUGAAGAUGGGCCGCGUCAAAUUACCUUGGUGGAGUCCAAUCCCGAGCUUGCCCAAAGAGCUCGUGCACGUCUGGAUUCUGUUGACGUGUUCGUAGUCGAGGACAAUGCUCCUUGGCCAUUCGAGGAUGGUCAGUUCGAUGUGGUGGUGUUGGCAUUCGUACUGCAUCAUGUGCCAGUGCCGGAUCGGACAGGGCUACUGGCUGAAGCGGCGCGUGUGGGCUGUGAGAUUCUCGUUUUGGAGGAUCUGCCAGAUUCCGCUGGAACUCCUUCUGCCCAACGUCUGGCUUGGCAUGUAACCCAGGAGCACUUCAGACCUUUCGGACAAGAUCCCGAUGACUACAUGUCCGGGGUUCUUUCCGACGAGAAGUGGCGAGAGUUUUUCGGGCAGGUCGGCCUGGAAGUUCUGGAGGAUGCCCCCAUCUCCCAAACAUUGCGGUACCCAGUGCCACACAUGUUGUACCGACUGCGACCUGCAAGUUGA